UCCAGGUAGGAGAAGGAUGCUGUAGCCAUUACAGUGCUGGCCAGUAUCUUGAAGCACCUGUUUUGUGGGGUUUUCUUCCUACUCUGCUACAGAAUUCCUCAGUGAAGUUGGGAUAAAUGGGUGUAUAUGACUUUUCCCCUGAUCUAAAGCGGUUCCAUGUCUUGUUUGGACUGUUCCUGUAUUCUGCGUACGCCAGUUGAAUCAAUCAGACCAGAAGAGCUAUCUCAGAGUAGCGUCCAUGAAUGCCUGGCUGAUUCUGAUCUAGCCUGGAUUCCCCCAUCAACAGGAAGGAAUGAAAUGGUGUUUUGCUCUUCUAAUGUCUCUCACUAUGAACUCCAGCUAGAAAUAGGUAGGAGGUUCAACAACUUAACUUCAGUCUACCUUGCACGGCAUACGCCUACAGGCAUGCAAGUUGCUGUGAGGAUCACAGACCUAGAAAAUUGCUCUGAAGAGCAUUUGAAAGCCUUACAGAAUGAGGUGGUUUUAUCCCACUUUUUCCAGCAUCCCAACGUAAUGACGCUUUGGACAGUGUUUACAGCUGGUAGUUGGCUUUGGGUUAUCUCCCCAUUCAUGGCCUAUGGUUCAGCUAGACACCUGCUGAAGACUUACUUUCCUGAAGGAAUGAGUGAAGCUUUAAUAAGGAACAUUCUGUUUGGUGCAAUCAGAGGAUUAAAUUACAUGCACCAGAAUGGCUACAUUCACAGGAAUAUUAAAGCUAGCCACAUUCUGAUUUCAGGGGAUGGGCUGGUUUCUCUCUCUGGCUUGAACAACCUCUAUAGUUUAGUUAACAAUGGACAAAAGUCAAAGGUGGUAUAUGAUUUCCCCCAGUUUAGUACAUCUGUGCUUCCUUGGCUGAGUCCUGAACUACUGAGACAGGAUUUGUCUGGGUAUAACAUGAAGUCUGAUAUUUACAGUGUGGGAAUUACAGCAUGUGAAUUAGCCAACGGACAUGUUCCAUUUCAAGAUAUGCCUCGCACUCAGAUGCUGCUGCAAAAGCUGAAAGGUCCCACAUACUGUCCUUGGGAUAUAAAUACCUUUCCCCGUGGGGAAUCCAGGAUGAAGAAUUCCCGAUCAGGUGUUGAUUCUGGAAUUGGUGAGAGCAUGACACGCACAAUGACCAGUGAAAGACUACAAAUUCCCUUUUCCAAAACGUUUUCACCUGCUUUCCACAACUUGGUAGAACUUUGCUUGCAACAGGACCCUGAGAAAAGGCCAUCAGCAAGCAGUUUGCUUUCGCAUACGUUCUUCAAACAGAUAAAAGAACAAACACAGAAUUCACUACUGUCUCUAUUACCACCUCCUAUUCAAAAUAACAGAUCAGAGUUCUUGGCACUGCCCUCAACAGCAGUUGGGACUGAACUUGGAUGUAUUACUGCAAAUCAAGAUGAUACAGACUGGGAAUUCUAAAUAAAUAGCAAACAAUCAUACCUCUCCUGUGCUUCAAAGAAGGAAAAUGUGAUUUGUAUUUGCUGCUUUAGUUUGUAUGGUUAAAAUACAAUUAGACAAGGUAUACUUGAAAAUGCCAUUGAAGUGGCCAUAUUUUCAUUAACUACUUCCUCUGUUGGCAUCAUGAAGUGCAGUGUGCCUCACUUUCUGACCAUAAGGAAGACUGUAAAUAGAGAAUGGCUGAAUGCCUAUAUCCCUCUUUCAAAAUAUUUCUUAAGAAGAGAGUUCCUGCUGUAAUCUUACUCUAUACUGUAUUUUCAGCUCAUUGCUGCAGUCCAUGUGCCUUUCUGAAUUCAGGUUUGAGUUUUGUCUGUGACCUUACAUAAUCAAUCUAUUUGUCUUUUCAUUAUCACCCAAAUUAUUUUAGUAAGGAGAAAUCUUCCACUUCCAAGUCUAAAUUUGAAACUGCACAAAUUAGUUCCUUAUACAAAUAAAUGUUUCUCU